AUGGCAAAGGACAGCGUAUACGACCAAGCACGACAAGGCGGCAAGAAAGACUAUGCAAAGAUUGCCAAUGCUCGUCUCGACAGCAUACGCUCACAGUUCACCCAGUCGCCGAGAGCAGGGAAACUGAAGAAUAAAGUAUGUAUCAUCACCGGAGUUGGGUCGCUGAAGGGUAUUGGGCGUGCCUCGGCGCUACUGUUCGCGCACGAAGGCGCCAAGCAUCUCUACCUCAUCGACUUUGACCCUACCAACCUUCCUAAUCUCAAGGAAACGAUUGAGAACAAGUAUCCAGACGUCAAGGUUACGACAUUGCAAGCGGAUGGGUCAGACGAAGCUGCGAUUUCAAGCGUUUGCAAUCAAGCACUAGAAGAGGAAGGCCGCUUGGACGUGUUCUUCGCAAAUGCGGGUAUCUCAUCCAUGAAACAUGUCUCCCAAAUUACCGCCGAGGGCUUCAUGAACAUCAUCAAAGUUAACGCACUCUCGUGCUUUUUGGCGGUCAAACACGGUUCAGCUGCAAUGAAGAAGACCAAUCCAUCCAAAGGUAAAGAUGUGAGCUCAGGGAGUAUCAUUCUCACAGCAUCUGUUGCUGGUCUGCGUUCCGGAGCUGGUCCCGUGGAUUACAGCGCGAGUAAAGCAGCUGUCAACUCUAUCGCCAAAACUUCGUCGUACCAGCUCCAAAAAACAGACAUCCGAGUAAACUCCAUAUGCCCCGGUCUUAUUGAGACCGCCAUGACAACUGCGACUUUCGAUUUUGCAAGGGGAAGAGGCACCGAUAGUAAAUUGGGACAACUCAGUGCCCUUGGGCGUUAUGCCAUUCCAGAAGAAAUUGCACCGUUGGCUGUGUAUCUUGCUUCAGACGAUUCGAGUUAUGUCAAUGGACAGAAUAUAGCAAUCGACGGGGGGCUUUCGGCGUCCGUUCCAGUCGUCCCAGGACGAUGGGUAUAGGUAAAACGAAAUUCGGUAUUUACGACUUCAUACAUACAAUGCUCUCUGGUAUGAGAUGUCGGUUGAUACCGCAUACGGCUGUCGCCAUGGCCUAUUGCAACUUGUCGCAACGCGCAGGAAUAAUUUAUAAUUUUGUCAUCAUGAAUGUCGCUGUAGAGUUCUCCAGAUUCUGUCUUCAAGAGAACGCAGAACAGCCGAUGAGGUGUUCAAACUCGUCAUGAAGUAAGCCACGUUCCCUAGUGUGCGGAAAUUCACACCGAAGGGUGCUCCCCCAGGUGCCGCAGAGAACUCGUUUCCUCCAUCAUCAUAUUGAUCUAUUGGGCGGAACACUGUUUCCGCUGAGUGUGAAGUGUAUCC